AAGUUAUUUUUAGCAGUGGCAACACACCAGUGAAAUGUCGCACGCCAAUGCUCUUGCCCCACUUUAUCGGUUGCAUUAGUGUCGAUCGUUAGCGCGUAUGCGUAGGAGUGUUGUGUGUUUACUUUUUGUCAAAAUAACAACGCAAGCGCAUUCUUUUUUGUUGUGAAGUGCAAAAUCGAAAAUCAUAAUGUUUAAAUAUGCUCGGACGCUGUUUUGUGCAUUUUUGUUGAUUGCUUUGUUCGAUCCGAGUAAAGGGGCGAGAGGUUUCGGAGGCCGACAUAGUUACCCGAGCAGCCGAGGCGGGCUGUCCGGUGGAGGUCAUCAUUCAUACCCGUCAUCUGGAGGCCUUUCCGGAUCAGGACAUAGACCUCCAAGCCAUGGAUAUCCUUCUAGUGGUGGACUAUCAGGAGGCGGCGGAGGACACUCUUACCCAGGCUCUACUGGUCUAUCAGGAUCAGGCUCACAAGGUCAUAAAUACCCUAAUUCCGGCUAUAAACCAAACUCUCCAUCGCAUACAUCUACACACACGACGAUAAAUAACCACUACCAUUAUAAUUACAACCCUCCUCAACAAAUAAGAUAUACAAGUUCUACUGGUGUGUCCAACAACUUCCCCGUGUACCACAGUCCCCCGCCUACGUACGUGUAUCAGUAUAAGGAUUCAGGAAGUAAAUACGGAACCUUACUGGCUGGCCUGGCGUUGCUGAAUCUCGGCGUCCUCGGAGCAGGCGUGUAUGCAAACAGCCAAAGUCACAAGACUUAUCAAACCCAACCAGGUGAAGUGUGUAAGUUUGGAUUAAGGAAAGACAACGGAGAUUAUGAGGAAACGAGAAUCGAUUGCCAGAUUAUAUCCAGUUAUAUAUUCCAAUAUCAAGCCACCUCGACUACCGCGUCUCCCAACGCUCAGGGUAACAUGACUGUGGUGACUGUGACAGUGACCAAUACUACAACUGUGAAUAAUGCAAAUCCGGUCGGUCUUAUGGGAGGCGAAGUAAUGCUUCCUAAUGGAACGUUGAUAGCCACAAAUGUUACUGGCAAUGCAGUUAAUAGCACGUCGACGUCCUCAGUGACGACAACAACCACAAACACCACGACGGUCAACGCUUUGGAAGUGAAAGGAAAGCCGAUAGAAGUGACGCCGCAAAUGAAGUGUUACGUUAUGAAGACGUCCCCGACGUCUAAUAUGAAAAUGUCGGUAGAUUGUGGAUUGCUGCAGGCAUAUGCUGUACAGUCACUGAAAAAGAAUUCAGCAAUAAGACAUAUUCCUACUUUUACAGUGUUGACAGCCAUUUUAGCUGCAUUUGUUAUUUAUUAGAUACUUAACUUUUUGAAUGUGUAUGUCUGAAUAAGGCUGAUUACUAUAUAAUAUAUAUUGAUGUCGUUAAAAAUUAUCACAAUUAAUAUAAAUAUUGUAUUGUUUAUCGAUCUAAUAGCAUGAAAGUUCUGGGCGUAAACAACGGUAUUACGGCCCUAUUUAAUAGAGUCUGAUUUUUUCAAAUUAAGGCAUCUGUUCUGGAAAUAAUUAUCUGAACAUUGAAUUUUUAAAUCUUAACAUCACAAGCAUACGUGGUAGCUACAGAAUAAGCCUUUAAUAUUAAUGAAUCACUUAAAAAUAAACACACAUUGUUAUGUUUGCAUAUUUUUAUCUUGAAUAAUGAUAUUUUCGGUCUAGUCGAAGAAGACGAAAAACAUCUACACGAUGGAAUGGGGACAAUUACAUCGUAAAAGUUAUCACAUAAUUCAUAAUCCCAUCUAAAUUAGAUUUUAGCAACUAAGUAUUAUUUGUGAUAUGUUGUAAUAAAUAUUUUUAGACUUAA